AUGUAAAUCAUAGAAGCAUUGUAAUAUUUACAUAGUAGAGGAAUAGUACACAGAGAUAUAAAACCUGAAAAUAUAUUACUUCAAAAUGGAGUUCUCAAAUUAUGUGAUUUUGGAUAUGCAACAAUUGUAUAAAACGAUUUGCUAAGAUAAACUUUCUGUGGUACACUUGAUUAUUUAAGCCCGGAAAUGAUUCAAGGAAAAUAAUAUGAUUUUUCUGUUGAUGUUUGGAGUGUCGGAAUUUUAGCAUAUGAAAUGAUUUUCGGAAAUGCACCUUUUUCAGGUAAAAGCAAUGAUUCUACUUAUGAUAAAGUUUUGAAUUUGGAUAUUGAAUUUAGUGGACCUUUGUCAUUUGCUGGUGUAGAUUUUAUUAAAAAAAUAUUAAUAAAAGAUCCUAAUAAAAGAAUGGAUUUAAAUACAGCUUAUUAACAUCCUUUUAUAUAAAAUAAUACAGCAAAGAGGACCGAUCAGAGUAAUUUUUUGGAAAAAAUUGAGUGUCUAUUCUUGAAAAAAAAUUGA